AUGUCUAAGGUGGUUGAUUUGACAGCUAUUCUUACCCCAAACCCGGGGAAGAUCGAAAGGAUCGUUGCACUGUUCCGAGCCGUGGAGAAGGCAGCCAAAGCCGGGGAGCCAGGCACAUUACGCUAUGAGAUGCACAAGGGAAUCAAGGACAAGAAUGGAGGUGUCGAGGAGUUAGUAGUCCGCGAAGUCGAGGAAGCCAUGCAGACACACAUCGCUGGUUCGGACUGCCAGGUAUUUAUCAAGGCCAUGGAAGCUGAGAGUCUAUGCGAGAACGUCAAAGUAAUAUUUCACAAACCAAUUGUUGGAGUUGAAUCUCGACUAUAA